CCUGCCGACUGGAAUCGCGAAGACUAGAACUUGGGAGCCACAUCCACAAGUCAAGUUCGGUUCUUUUUUCUCUCCAAGUUUCUCAGAGCACCUCUCACAUCCCCAUCUCAGAUCGACGAGCAGCUGCGCCUUUUACAUCCACCCCAGAUGGAUCUAGCCCCGGAAGAGCUUCAAUUCUUGAGCAUCCCAGAUAUCCUCAGAGAAUCCAUCUCAAUCCCCAAACGAUCCCCGAGAACCUUUUAUUUGAUCACCGUUGCCCUAAUUUUCCCUCUUUCAUUCGCAAUCUUAGCUCACUCCCUCUUCACUCACCCUAUCCUUGCUCAGCUUCAAUCCCCUUAUGACGAUCCGUCUCAGACCCCUCACGAAUGGACCCUGCUCCUCGUUAUUCAGUUCUGCUACCUCAUAUUCCUCUUUGCUUUCUCUCUCCUCUCCACCGCCGCCGUGGUUUUCACGGUCGCCUCUCUCUACACCUCCAAGCCGGUGUCCUUCUCCUCGACUUUAUCAGCAAUCCCGAAAGUUUUUAAGCGAUUGUUCAUCACUUUUCUCUGGGUAUCGCUCUUGAUGUUCGCUUAUAACUUGGUCUUUGUUCUCGGCCUGGUUAUGAUGAUCAUAGCAAUCGAUACCCAGAACACUGUUUUGUUCUUCUUCGCCAUGCUUGUGCUCCUCAUUCUGUUUUUGGUCGUUCAUGUGUAUAUCACUGCUUUGUGGCACUUGGCCAGCGUGGUGUCGGUUCUGGAACCAGUUUACGGUUUUGCGGCGAUGAAGAAGAGUUACGAGUUGCUUAAAGGGAGGACCAAGUAUGCAGCUUUUCUCGUGUUCGUUUACUUGAUCUGCUGUGGAGUGAUUGGAGGCAUAUUCAGCGCCGUUGUUGUGCACGGUGGGGGUUAUCAUGGGGUGUUCACGCGGAUUGUGGUCGGUGGAUUCUUAGUGGGCGUAUUGGUGAUUGUCAAUCUGGUUGGGUUAUUAGUGCAGAGUGUGUUCUACUAUGUAUGUAAGAGUUACCAUAAUCAAGGGAUUGAUAAGCUUGCUCUGCAUGAUCAUCUUGGUGGCUACCUUGGAGAGUAUGUGCCUCUGAAAAGCAGCAUUCAAAUGGAAAAUAUGGAUGUAUGAUGCAGGGAGAGUUUACUGGGAGAAAAUUGAAUUUACUUGGAAUGUAAGCUCAUUUAUGUAUCCUGUAAUGAAUUAGUGUAGAAUGUAGGGGGGGGGGGGGAAGGUGGGGUAGACUUUAUAAAUUGUUGGGUUAAUUUUGAAACUGUGCAGUCUUUUCAUUUGUUUCGCUGAUAGCGCAUCUUGCAUACUCUGAGACAAUAAUGUGAUAUUAAUUUUAAUGGUACUCCAUCAAUUCAUGGUUUCUGGUU